AUGAUACGCCAAGCUCACCUAUUGCUCAACAAUGCGUACAAAGUUUUGUCCUCAUCCGCUCGAACAUUUAUGCUCCUAGAACAUCAUGGGAUGGCUGUUUUGAAAUCCGGUGGCAUCAAUGUUCCACCUUUCGCCGUUGCAACAACGCCUGAGAAAGUGAAGAAAGAAGCUGAAAAUAUUGGCGGCAAGGAUUACGUUGUCAAGGCUCAAGUUUUGGCUGGUGGAAGAGGCAAAGGCACAUUUGACUCUGGUCUCAAAGGCGGAGUUCAUAUCGUCUACUCACCCGAAGAGGCCGCAGAAAAGGCAAAGAGGAUGAUUGGUGCCCAUCUCAUUACCAAACAGACUGGUAAGGGUGGAAAGCUUUGUGAAGAGGUCAUGGUGUGUAAACGACUAUUCCCGCGUCGUGAAUAUUAUUUUUCCAUAAUGCUCGAUAGAGCAAAUGGCCCCAUUAUUAUUGGAUCAGGUCGUGGCGGUGUUAACAUUGAAGAAGUAGCGGCUACUGAACCAGAAGCUAUAGUAAAAGUUCCAAUAGAUAUAGCUACCGGUAUAACUCCUCAGACUGCAGCAGAUAUCGCAAAAAGGAUGGGAUUCACGGACAGUCCAGCAAAACAGGCUGCCGAGGCGAUAAUGAAACUUUACGAUAUUUUUCGAAAAUCCGAUGCUACUCUUCUCGAAAUCAAUCCUAUGGCUGAAGAUAUCAACGGAGAUGUCUAUUGUAUGGACUGCAAGUUGCUUGUUGACGCAAACGCAGAGUUCCGUCAAAAAGAAUUAUUUUCUCUUAAAGAAGCCAAGCAAGCUGAUCCGCUUGAGGCUCGUGCUGCUGCUGUAAACAUCAAUUAUAUUCAUCUAGACGGGAACAUCGGAUGUAUGGUGAAUGGAGCUGGAUUGGCUAUGGCUACCAUGGACAUUAUCAAACUUUAUGGUGGAGAGCCUGCAAAUUUUCUUGAUGUGGGAGGUGGUGCCAGUACCGAACAAGUCAUGGAAGCGUUCAAAAUUAUUACGGCUGAUAAGAAAAAGAUCACUGCCAUUUUUGUGAACAUAUUUGGAGGAAUUAUGCGCUGCGAUGUUAUUGCUGAAGGAAUCAUUAAAGCCACUAAAGAACUUGAUAUCAAGAUUCCAAUUGUUGUUCGUCUACAGGGAACAAAAGUGGAAGAAGGUAAAGCUAUCAUUGCUAAAUCAAAUUUGAGAAUUGUGACAUGUGAUAAUCUUGAUGAGGCUGCCAAAAUGGCUGUGAAGUUAUCCGACGUUGUCGAAUUGGCUCGAGAAGACCACAUUGAUGUGAAAUUUCAAACACCUUAG